UUAAAAUUCAGAUUUAGAUUUUCAGUUUUAGUAUAUUUAGGUUCUGUUUUUAGGAAUUUUAGUGUUGUGUUUAAGUAAUUCUUUGCUUUCAGGAAAUGAUUUUCUUUUGAAAAACUCUUGGAAGGAGAUCACCGCUUUGACUUUACCCCCAAUGCAUGGAUUCGUGAGCGUAAGGUGCCGAAGAAGAUGGGGUGAACACCGAGGCGGAAGCGGGGAGAGCGUGUUAGAGCGUGGCGGAAGCGGAGGUGGAGGAGGCAGAGAGAGGCUGAGAGGAAGGCGGAGGAAGUGAAGAAGCACCAUAGUCGCAGUGCUGCAGAGGAUGAGUACGAGAAAAUGGUGAUGGUGUCCAAUACUAAUCGUGACGGUUCCAUUAUCGAAACGAGAUCUUUGGAUGAUGCCAUCGCUUAGAUGACGAACUGCCGUGCUCACCCUAGGUAUUCAAUGUUGUUCUUGUAUUGACCUAGGAUGUAGAGUUGGAGUUUGAUCUUCUCGCUGUCGGCGAGAACCUUGUAAGACACUGUCUGUCUGCUACGAUGAAGCUUAAGCAUGGAAUUAGACAAAUAGGUGAAGCGGGAAAUCAUGUUAUUAGCCGUAAUAUGCAGAUUAUUCGGCUUGGGAAACUGGGAAAGGUUGAAGACGCUAUCAGAAUCUUCUCUAACAUGACCGACAAAAAUCUUGUAACAUACAAUUCCAUGGUAUCCAUUUUAGCCAAAAAUGCUAGAAUCAGUGAUGCUAGACAGUUGUUUGAUAAAAUGUCCCUAAAAAAUAUUGUUUCUUGGAACUCCAUGAUUGCUGGAUAUCUUCACAACAACAUGGUUGAAAAAGCCAGUGAGCUGUUUGAUGCAAUGCCUGAAAAAGACAAUUUUUCGUGGGCUUUGAUGAUAACUUGCCAUACACGGAAAGGGGAUCUUGAUAAGGCUAGAGAAUUGCUUGAGUUGGUUCCUGAUAAGUUGAACACUGCAUGUUGGAAUGCAAUGAUAGCUGGUUAUGCAAAGAAGGGCAAGUUCAAUGAUGCUGAGAAAGUGUUUGACCAGAUGCCGACAAAGGAUUUGGUUUCUUACAACUCAAUGUUGGCUGGGUAUACACAAAAUGGGAAAAUGAUUUUAGCAUUACAAUUUUUUGAGAAGAUGGCCAAGAGGAAUGUGGUCUCGUGGAAUUUGAUGGUGGCUGGAUAUGUUAACAGUGGUGACCUUAGUUCUGCUUGGCAAUUGUUUGAAAAUAUUCCAAAUCCUAAUGUUGUCUCUUGGGUCACAAUGCUGUGUGGCUUUGCACGAUACGGAAAGAUUAUAGAAGCUAGAAGACUUUUUGACAAGAUUCCCAUAAAGAAUGUGGUUUCUUGGAAUGCAAUGAUUGCAGCCUAUGUCCAGGAGUUACAAAUUGAUGAAGCUGUUCAGCUGUUCAAGAAAAUGCCGCAUAAAGAUAAUGUCUCGUGGACUACAAUAAUCAAUGGGUACAUUCGAGUUGGUAAGCUUGAGGAAGCACGUAAAGUUUACAAUCAGAUGCCUUGCAAAGACAUUGCAGCGAAAACGGCACUAAUGACUGGAUUAAUACAAAAUGGAAGGAUAGACGAGGCUAAUAAAAUGUUUAGUCAAAUUCUUGCACGUGAUGCUAUUUGUUGGAACAACAUGAUUGCAGGCUAUUCCCAGAGUGGAAGAAUGGAUGAAGCUCUCAAUUUAUUUAGACAAAUGCCGAUUAAGAAUGUUGUUUCAUGGAAUACUAUGAUCUCUGGAUAUGCUCAGGCAGGACAAAUGGAUAGAGCAACAGAGAUCUUUCAGGCCAUGAGAGAGAAGAAUUUAGUUUCCUGGAAUUCUCUUAUUGCUGGUUUCCUACAAAAUAAUCUAUACACAGAUGCUCUUAAGAGUUUGGUUAUGAUGGGGCAGGAGGGAAAGAAACCCGAUCAAUCAACUUUACCAUGUGGCUUAAGUGCAUGUGCUAAUCUUGCUGCUUUGCAAGUGGGCAAACAACUUCACGAUUAUAUUCUGAAGAGCGGUUAUAUGAAUGAUUUAUCUGUUAACAAUGCCCUGAUCACUAUGUACGCAAAAUGUGGAAGGGUACAAAAUGCUGAACAAGUGUUCAGAGACAUUGAAUGUAUUGAUCUUAUUUCCUGGAAUUCCUUAAUUUCAGGUUAUGCUUUGAAUGGAUGCGCAAAUAAGGCAUUUGAAGCCUUUGGCCGGAUGCUAUCACAAAGAGUCGUUCCUGACGAGGUUACUUUUAUUGGGAUGUUGUCAGCAUGUAGUCAUGUGGGUUUAGUGACUGAGGGUUUGGAUAUUUUUAAAUGUAUGAUUGAAGAUUUUGCUAUUGAACCCUUGGCAGAACAUUACAGCUGCCUUGUUGACUUGUUUGGCCGCGUGGGUAGGCUAGAGGAAGCCUUCAAUAUUGUGAGUGAGAUGAAGGUGGAAGCAAAUGCUGGAUUAUGGGGUUCAUUGCUUGGGGCUUGUCGUGUACACAAAAACCUGGAACUCGGCAUAUUUGCAUCCCGGAGACUUUUCGAACUCGAGCCUGAUAAUGCCUCCAAUUACAUUACCCUGUCAAACAUGCAUGCUGAGGCUGGUAGAUGGAAAGAGGUCGAAAGACUAAGGAUGAUGAUGAGGGACAAAAGAGCUGGAAAGCAACCUGGUUGCAGCUGGAUUGAAGUUCAAAAUCAGAUACAACAUUUUCUGUCACAUGAUGUGGCAAAGCUGAGACACGAAAAUAUUCAGCUUAUAUUGAAUACUUUAGCCGCACACAUGAGGGACAAAUGUAACAUAUCUGACAUGGAAUCAGCCUGUGACAUUCCAUGACUCGAGGAAUAAUCGGAAGAUAACUGCUUUUUAUUGGAGAUUUAUGUGAUGGUGACUAUGACACACCGAGCAUUGUCUUUUUCGUGAUCUUGACACUGUAUUUUCUGGUGAUUUCCACAAUCCUGUAUUUACUGUGUUGUGUGGCCUUGGAGAGUAGAUGCUGAUGUGGGAUUUGCUGGUUUAAGGACUCUUGGCUGUGAAUUAGAGGGCUGAACUGCUUGGAAGCUUGCUGGAAACAGGAACCAGAGAUAGCCUCUGCGUCACGUGGAGUGCAGUGCACAUGAGGUGAAUUGGACAGCUUUGCAUUAAGGAAACUUACAAGAGAAGCUGCUGCCACGUUGGAAUAAAGGAAGAGGAAGCUGCCAUUUUUACAGAAGCUGACUUGGAACACAUUACAGCUGUCAAUGUGACUUGGAGUAGCAAGUUAGGAGCUCCAACAGUCAAAACUACUGCACUUGGGCAACCUGCACCAGCCAGUUACGUUUGGGAUGAUGAAACCUGGAAACCAGCUACCUAGGUCCUAGGUUCUGACAGUUAAUGUAGUUAAAAGAAUUGUAAAGAGAGUUGACUGGUUUUGAGAAGUUACUUUGACUGGUAUUACAGGUUUUUCAGUUGCUUAGGUAGUCAGAGUGUAUAAGGAAAAUCUGGACAGACAACAAGAAGAAUUACACAUUUCACACUACAUAGACAGAAAUCUCUACAAUUUACGGUUCUUAGGUUUUCGUUUGCUGAAGCUUGAGGUGUUCUUGACUCCAAAGUGAGGUAGCACUCCAAGAGCUUAGAGAAAGGAGAUCCUGUAAAAUUUGAUUCAUUGAUCUUGAUGGGAAAAGAAAACAAAGUUGAAAGCAUAAAUGUUGAAAUCUAUAUUUCUUUCAGAAGUUGAUUAGAUAGAAGAAAGAAUUGUUGGUUUGAUGCGACUUAGGUUCAAACAUGAAUACAUGAUGACAAUGAUGUCAUUAUGUUAUUUUGAUUUAGUCAGGAAGAACUCUCUCCCUCCCAAGUCUAACUAGUAUUAUUUUAUUUGCUUUAGUAACUAUUUGACUUGUUUGUUUUUUAGUAUCAGAUUAAGUUGCUUAACAGUGAUUCCAAAUUGAUUUAUAAUCAGUGAGACAGAUUACCCAAUCAA